AAGACAAGUGCUAAAUUGUGUGCGAUUUUCAUUCCAAAUUACAUUUCCACAAACACACUAUAAUUCAUUACACUCACUCCUAAUGUAUUCUAAUAGUACUAAUAUUUAUUUUUCUAAUGAUUGGUUGAUGAAGCAAAAUCUCGAUAAUUUGUUUUGAAUCGUUACAAACAUAAAGAGAAAAUUAUAAUCCUCCCGAUAUCUCGAAGUUUGAACGGGUCUAUUAACGCUGUCAAAAAUGCUAUUGUUUAAGUUAGUUGUUGCUAAUAAAUUGCAAUGUGAACAACAUCACAACUGAAAUGGCAUCGAAGCAAGAAAUCGAAAUUGACGAAAGUCUUUAUGUAAAAGAUGUUGAUGAGACUGAAGGUUCCGAAGAAACAUUACCCGAAAGUAUCCCGCUGAACGGUAAAUCUCGUGUGAGUGACUUUUCAUUUGCUUUAUUAAUGCAAAAGUGUGGUUCCAUUUUAUUGAACAAAAAAAAAACAAACAAAGUGAAACGACUGAAGGAAACAGCAAUGACAAAUGUAAUUAACGUCCUUGCGUUCGAAAACGAUGUAAUUUUAACAAAAAAUCAAGUUUAUAAGAAAAUUAAUAAUAUGAAAUCAAGAGUGAAAGAUAAAUGUCUAAGCGGCAAGAAAAUUCAGCUCAACGCGGGUGAGAAAAUAUUUGCUGCACUUAUGGAAACAGUCGGAUCUUCGACCAUACCGGAAGCAACCGGUGAAUUAAUGGACCUGUCUGGUAGUGAAUUGGCUUUACGUGAUCAAGGUUUGCUGUGCGAAUCAAUCGAAAUUGAUCCGACAUCGGAAUCACAAGCUGAUAUGACACCGUCGAAAGUCGGAUCUUCGACCAUACCGGAAGAAACCGCUGAAUUAAUGGACCUGUCUGGUAACGAAUUGGCUUUACGUGAUCAAGGUUUGCUGUGUAAAUCAAUCGAACUGAAUCCGACAUCGAAAUCACAAGCUGAUAAGACACCGUCGACAGUCGAAUAUUAUAUCAUACCGCAAGCAACCGCUGAAUUAAUGGACCUGUCUGGUAACGAAUUGGCUUUACGUGAUCAAGGUUUGCUGUGUAAAUCAAUCGAACUGAAUCCGACAUCGAAAUCACAAGCUGAUAAGACACCGUCGACAGUCGAAUAUUAUAUCAUACCGCAAGCAACCGGUGAAUUAAUGGACCUGUCUGGUAGUGAAUUGGCUUUACGUGAUCAAGGUUUGCUGUGUAAAUCAAUCGAAAUUGAUCCGACAUCGGAAUUAAAUGCUGAUAAGACACACACGACAGUCGAAUAUUGGAUCAUACCGCAAGCAACCGGUGAGUCAAUGGACCCGUCUGGUAGUGAAUUGGUUUUACGUGAUCGAGGUUUGCUGUGUGAAUCAAUCGAAAUUGAUCCGACAUCAGAGUCACUGUCGUCCGACAAACCGGAUUUGGUUUCGGUAAUUGAAACCGCCUCGAAUACGUCAUCAAAAAUUGUAGGAUCGAACAUUUUCGGUGAAUUUACGCAAUCAAACAUAAGUGGUGUAUCGGAUGACGAGCAACUAUCACCGAAAAAAGAUCGUGAAGAAAACGAGAUUCCCGAUUUAACGAAACAUAAUAUCGAAGAGCUUCAAAAGUUAGUUCUAAUAGAACAGCUGAAUGUUCUAAAGGCUGAAAAAAAGUUUUAUGAAAAAGCUUGUUAUGUUUUAGGUAAAUGUUCUCAAAGUUAAAAAAAACUUGUUUUUGUUAG